AUGUCCAUAGUUGAUGAAGCCCCAGGCUAUCUCCAAGUUUUCGCAGACGGGUCUGUAAAACGCUUUGCACCAGAGAUAGUCUCUGCCUCAGAUGAAUCACACAACAAGUUCAAGUCCAAGGAUGUUGUGAUUGACCCCUCGAAACCAAUUACUGCUAGGAUGUUCCUUCCCCAUUCUCUUUCAUCCUCCAGUCCACUUCCACUAGUGGUCUACUUUCAUGGCGGUGGCUUUUGCAUUGGCUCAACCACAUGGCUUGGCUACCACCAUUUCCUUGGUGACUUCUCCGUUGCUUCUCAAUCCGUCAUUGUUUCUGUCGACUACCGUUUGGCCCCCGAGAACCGCCUUCCGAUAGCUUACGAAGAUUGUCACACCUCACUUGAAUGGAUUCUUUCUAGUUACCAAGCAAAAUCUGAGCCAUGGCUUGAUAGAGCAGAUCUUUCCCGGGUGUUUCUCUCCGGGGACAGCGCAGGAGGGAACAUCGCACAUCAUGUUGCUAUGAAAGCCGUCGGUAAUGGCUUUGAUCAUAUGAAGAUUAAAGGGCUGUUGUUGAUACACCCUUAUUUUGGAAGUGAGAAGAGGACCGAGAAAGAAAUGGAGGAAGGAGCGGCAACGGAUGUGGCCGUGCUUCCUGAUGUCAAUGAUCUCGAUUUAAUCGUGUGUGAUACCUUGUCCUGUUGUUCUAAUUUCUAUUGUCCAACACUGAUACAAACUCAUGCCUCAUUUGUUUUGCUCGUUUGA